AAAAGACAGAAAAAUGUGAAUAUGUUAAAUGAAGCGGAUGAUAUUGAACAUAGACCUUCAACAUCGACGUCACCAACGUAUUUGGCAUUACGAUUAGCAUCUCCUACGUAUUCAACCUUGGCCAAACUGAAUAGUGAUGAGAAUGAAAGUGAGGAUAGACACUUUGAACUUGGUGAUGUAAUCACUCAGCUUCAGGAAAAUCUUCUAAAAAAUGAAAAGACAUUCAGUGCUUUUGAGUAUAAUGAACGACGGGCAGUUUAUGAAUAUUUCGUAAGGCUUUAUGAUGGUCACGGAAAGUUGAAAGCAAGUGAAGCUGCAGCACAUAUAUCGUUUCCACUUUCUCAUCGCAGUAGACAUCAAAAAUAUAAACGUUUAGUUGAUGAUAAAGAUGUAGCGCUAAAAUGUAGGCAAUGGAUACGUGAAGAAUCAGGGGUAAAUGGCGUUAGUCCAUCCCAGUUUAAACAAUACAUUGAUUCUGCCAUAUUACCUGAGUACACAGGAGGGACAAGGAAGUCAAUUAGCCUAAGAACGGCUAAAAGAUGGUUGAAUGUUUUAGGUUGUCAGUUUAAAAAAUACCAGAAGGGUAUGUACUUUGAUGGACACGAACGAAGAGAUGUUGUUGAAUAUCGGAGAGAAAAAAUGGAACUGGUCCCACCGAUGCUUGGAGUAGGAGAGCAUGAGCUAAUUUUUAUCACUCAUGAUGAGUGCAUUUUUUAUUCAAAUGAUGGAAAAAGAGGGAUCUGGGUGCAUAAUGGGAUGAUGCUAUUGCGUAAGAAAGGUAAUAGAAAAUCGAUUAUAGUGAGUGAAUUUAUUUUGGAGGCAUGUGGCAGAUUACAACUAAGUGAGGAAGAAAAACAAAAAAAUCCUAAUGUUCCUGCAGAAGCGCGCUGUUAUUUAAAACCCGGUAAAAAUGAAGAGAAUUACUGGACAAUCGAACAUUUAUUAAACCAAAUCCAAAAAAAAGCCAUCCCUAUUUUUGAAGCAAAAUUUCCUGAUGCAACGGCUGUCUUCGCUUUUGACAACAGUACAAAUCACGCGGCAUUUGCAGAUGACGCUCUUAUAGCGAAAAAAAUAAACAAAGGACCCGGAGGAAAGCAAAAUCAGGAAAUGGUAUUUAAGGAGGAUUACCCCGAUCCCAAUAUGAGAGGAAAGCCAAAAGGAAUAAAAAAGGUGUUAGAGAAAAGAAGACUUUGGAAAAAAGGGUUAAAUUUAGAUUGUGAAAAGUGUAAAAAAAAGAAGGAUUCAGGUCGAAUAGAUUGCUACUUGAGAAAAAUUAUGGCCUCUCAACCAGACUUUGUCACCCAAAAGUCUGCUAUUGUGGAAUUAAUUGAAGCUAAAAGAUAUGCGAGAGAUCACUGCGAUUACACAUGGACUGGCUUGCAAGAAACUGUUCUACAAGCGCUUGAUUCAGUAGAUGUCAUUACAAUUAGGAAGUUUGCUCACAAACGUGAAGAUAUAUGGAGUUAUACCGUGAAAGGUUAA